ACUCACUGCCAGAAACCCGACCGUGGUUUCCAGGGAAACUGGAAAUGUGAAGCUUUUCAAUAGACACAGCCACAGCUUAAAGAGCGAGGGUUGCCUAAGACAGAUUCUUCUAGAGACAAACCUGUAGCCACUGCAAAUCACUUCCAAUCAACAGGGGAGAUGUACGGACAUAUGCGGGGUCUCGAUCAGCGCUGAGAUUUGUAAUGCUUGACCCAAAUCAUCUGAGACUGAGCCAUGGGGAGACUUCACUUUGACUCGGACUGCUGAGGCACUUGUACUACUUAAAUGCAGAGACAGGAUGGGAAGUCUUAAGGACGAGAUGAGAGGUUUCAGAGAGGACCACCAGCCUCACGACAAGACAGAUGAUGGAGAGCGUUCAGGUGGCUCAGAUGACAGCGCCGUGCCAGAGGGAGCUCAGAUAAACACAAGUCAAGAGUCAACAAGCCGAGGGGAAAAUGAGCCAAAACGACACACGAACGCCAGCCACGCCGAGGAGGGAGGUGAGAGCCCGACGUCCAAAGAUCAGGUGCUUUCAGGGGAGGAUAGAGAUAAUCCUGACUCAACACAAAUUAAAGACUGCACACAGACCGAUGCCACCACUCUGACACAACAACCUGAAGCUGAUGAAACAACCGCUCAUCCCACAAACAUGACAAUCUGUACCAAGUCCCUGAAGAAUGGAGAUGCUGACAUUCAGAGGGAAAAGUCUAAGGAUAGUAGUGUAGGUCCGGACAGAGAAAAAAAGCCAGAAAUUGUGACUGUCCUGGUGCCAGCAGCAACAGACCCCUCCAACCCACUUUCUCCAGACCCACGUUCCCCAGCUCCUUUUGGACAGCAACACAUGCGCACGCAGGUGAGCCUGGAGGUCGUCCAGUGUCGCUCUGCAGCCACCAGCCCCAUGACUCCUCCCGAGGGCGUCCAUCCCUUCUUCUUCCCAAUCUCAUUUGGGGGACCCGGAGCUGUGGGCUCUGACACUAAAGAUGCCGAGCUACAGGUGGGUCAGCAGGUGGAGUUCUGCUCCGUUGCCACGUCCCCCAUGACCCCAAAGACGCCCUCGACCACUGCUUUCCCCAAACUAAUCGGGAGGGAAAUGGUGCAGAGGGGGGAGCCAGUGAAAAGAUCAGAGGAGCAGAGGGAGAGCGAUCGACAAGAGAGUUUCCCUGUGACAAGAAGUCUGACAGAAGCUGAGUCAGAGAUAACCACAGCUUUGAAAUGUGCCACAUCAACCGAGCUGAAUGACGGCUCCAGCUCUGCCAGCUGCACACAGCCACAAGUUACUGUGGAGGAUAGUGAUCGGCAGAGUAAGCAGCAGAGGAUGGGAAGCAUGGAUCAGGACAUUACAAUCCUGGUCACCCACUAUGGCAACAAUGGGGAAGAAGAUGAAGAGAAUAAUGAGUUAUGUUCUUAUUCCAUUGAGCCAGAGAUGGUCAAGAUAGAUGAAUAUGAGGAACUCGGUGAAAACAAGAGUGAUGGAGAUGAGAAGAUCUCCACAGAGGCUGAUGCUCCUGAUCAGGACACGAAUCCUCCUCAAAGCAAAGCUGCAGAAUCAUCUGCUCCUGCCAGUGAACAACCAAUUACCAAUAAGAAACCUGACAGUUCAGAGGGCAGAGAAAAUAAAGAUGUACGUGACGAGUCUGCGACAAAACCUCCCGUCCCUGAAUCUCCAGCUCCCUUCGGCUGCCACAACAUCUGCACACAGGUGAGCCUGGAGGUGGUGCAGUGUCAGUCUGCGGCCACCAGCCCUAUGACCCCUCCUGAGGGGGACCAUGCCUUCUACUUCCCAAGCUCUAUUGGGAGAUGUGGGGCUGUGGGUGCAGAGACUAAAGAUGCUGAGAUGCAGGUGGGUCGACAAGUGGAGUUUCGUUCAGUCGCUACAGCGCCCAUGACCCCGAGAACGCCUACCACCACCACGUUUCCCGAGGUCAUGAAGGAGGCACGUACGGAGGAGAAGAUAGUGGAGGAGGUAGAGGUUAAAGACGAGCAGGUUGAGGAAGAGGUAGAAUGUGAAGAGGAGGAGAAGGUAACUGAAGAGAAGAAAAAGGAAGCAGAAGAAGAAGAGGACCAAACAGAAUCAAUAAACUGUAAGGAGAAAGAUGAGGAGAAGUGUGAGGAGCCGGUGCAGGAGGUGAGCUGGGACGAUAAAGGGAUGACGUGGGAGGUGUAUGGGGCUGUGUUGGAAGUGGCCGUGCUGGGCUCAGCCAUCCAGAAACACCUGGAGAAGCAGGUGAAGAAGCAGAAGCCGUCCAUGCCGCCCCCGCCUCCUCUCAACCCCUCGGCCCUGCCCCCCUCAGAGGCCUCCCAGGGCGGGUCGGGUUCAGGGUCGGGCAAAGGCAGGGCCGGGAAGAGAGGGGAUCGGGACGGGAAGGUGAGUCGACGCAGGAGAAACCCGUUCCGUCAGCUGAUGGAGAACAUGCAGCAGCCUCACUGCUGCUCCAGAGCUCACACCACCGAGUGACACGAGGAUGAAGCAACAGGGCUGGCUGCAGGGAAAGAAAUCACGUGACAUCUGGUCGGUGUGGCUGUGAUGCUGUGAAUAUUGUCUCGAAAAUGUGAGAAGAGAAUCACGUCCUCACACAAGACAAAAAAAGCACAAAGGCAUUGAAUACACACAUCAGCCAUUCAAGGGUUGUUUUUGUUUCUCUUUUAUUAGAUUUCGCUUUUUCACAGUUUUUCUGGGACGUCUCUCUGUAAAACCUGCCACAUUGACCAUGUUUGGAAAAAUUAGGGUUUUAUGUCAUCGUUGGCUCUUUUCCUUCUCGUGCUUUUCACCAGGACCUUUCAAUCGUCCACUGAGUCAUUUUAGCUGCUGCUUUUUUUUGCCUCUUCUUUUUAUGCACCUCAGACAAUGUGAUGCCAUGGCAACCAGUGAUCCUUCUCCUGGUUGCUAACAAGCUCAGCACUGAACGGCGUCGACAGAGGGAGAGAUGACUUCAGAGUGACAGUUGAUGAUUGUGAUUCAUGACCUCCUGCUCCGUCAGCAUGUUCUCUGGGUCGUUUUAUUUCAGACAUGUGGAAAUUUGAAUUUAUCAAAAUGUUGCUUUGUGUGUGACAGGAGUCUCUACCAUCAGCGCUGGCUUUUUGUAUGACUUAUAUUCCGCUUUUAGAUUUGGCACAAUGACUUGUUUUUAUUAUGAAAGAAGCAUAAAAAUGUACUGAUGACGAGCACAAUCAGGAUCAUUUUGGAAAAGCAAUGACUCGUGUUAUUACCACUUUACUGUAUUUUAAUGCCAUGGCGAGUGAUUCAGUUGUAAAUUUUGUGAUGAAACUGUGUUUUUGAUUCAGAGGAUGGUACAGUGUCAGUGAUGAUGGUGUUCAUACAUUAGUGGGCUGAAAUCCACACUGGAAGAAAAUGCUUUUAUUCACAGAUUGCACUUGUAAUACAUUCAUUUAGAUGUCAGUGAAAUUAUCCGUUCAAUCUGCUGCUUGACGUCACAAAGUGUCACUGCAUGAGGUUUCAUUUCUGCAACAAGUGUCUCAAACCAUGAGAAAACUCUUCUAACAGAACGUUCCUGAGGUCAAACCUUGAGGCGGACAUGCAGGAUUUCAUUCAUACAUGAUGUUAGAUUCUUAUGUGUACCUCUUGUUUGAUUUUCUUUCUAGUAGCAUCAGCUGUGACAAAAAAAAAUAACAUUGUGUUGGCAUAUCUUAUAAAAUAGUUAAUUUCAAAGCAAACCGAACAAUUUUUAAUCCAUCGCUUAAUAUACGAACAAAAUAAAGUUAUUCAUGUGUGCAACAAA